GACAUAAAAGGCAAAACGUCAAAAUCCGUCAAAUUGUCAAGUUUGACAGAUCAAGGAUAUCAAGGGAUCGGACGUGAUUAAUUCUAGAAUAUAAAUCGAAAGCAAUAGUAAAUUUAAAUUUCAAACAUGUGGGACGACUUCAUAGACUAUUUAAAAGACCCUUUGUUGGUCGUCAAAGUGCAGAACUUUUUUGGAGUUAUAUACAAGAACAGUGUUCGGGAUAACGAAGGCGGUGGUGAAGUCAUGUACUCCGAGAGGUUGGAACGUGAGAAGGAUAAUGGCAGUGAUAUUAGGCAGCACAAACGGGCGCCCAGCAACAUCUCGAGCAGUUCUCAAACCUCGUACGAUACGGACACUUCAGGCGAGAGCGUGGAGGAGGUCGAGUGCCAUAUCAACAAUAAGUUCUGGUACUGGUUGUUCGUCAUCGGCACUGCACUUGGGGAUGAGAUAUUCUAUGCCACAUUUAUACCCUUUUGGUUCUGGAAUAUUGAUGGUGCGGUCGGCAGGAGAGUGAUACUUGUCUGGACUGUUUGUAUGUACCUAGGACAAGGUGUGAAGGACAUAAUCCGGUGGCCCCGGCCAGGGUACCCGGUCAAGAAGCUGCAGACCAAAUGGGCCAUUGAGUAUGGCAUGCCGUCCACACAUGCAAUGGUUGGAGUUUCAAUACCAUUCUCCGUGCUGCUGUACACUAUGGACAGGUACGAGUACCCAGUACAUUGGGGUGCCAUGAUCGCCGUCUCGUGGUGUACACUGAUCUGCGUCAGCCGCGUAUAUCUGGGCAUGCACAGCGUUCUGGACAUAGCAGCGGGCUUGCUCAUGGCUUCAGGACUGCUAGUGCUCCUGAUACCUAUGGUGGACGCGUUGGACGACUGGCUGCUGACACACUGGCUGUCCCCUGCGGUCGUGCUGGCCGUGUCCGUGCUGGUCAUUGUGUACCACCCCAACGCGGACAAGUGGACGCCCACUAGAGGCGAUACGACCAUGAUCGUCAGCGUGUGCGCGGGCAUCCUAACGGGCUCCUGGACCAACUACCAGCUCGGCAAUAUGGCCCCCGCCCCCACGCCUCCCCCCUACACCAUCAUCUGGCCCUCCAUCGACAUGCUGGGCAACACCAUCCUCAGAACCAUCCUCGGCUUCUGCGGCGUUGUAGCCACCAGGGCUAUAGGUAAAUCAGUCUCUUAUGCCUUCAUAUGUGCUUUACUGGGCAAGGAUAAAAACGAAUUAAGAAACUCGGAGAACAGUUUAGAUAAUAAAAAUAAAAUAAUCGUAGAAUUAUGCUACAAGUAUUUCACGUAUGGCAUGAUAGGUUUUAACACGGUCUUCGUUUUCCCGAAUGUGUUCUAUUUGCUUAGAAUUAAUAGGCCGACUUAUUAUACUGAGAUUUGAUACUAGUCGUUUCUUUUAUUUUCGACAUUCCAUUUGAAGCCUUUAAAUCAGGGUUUUUCCGGUGUUUUUAUCAUAGUGUAGUUUAAUAAUUUGGAAGUACCUAGUCUGACCAGCCAUUUGUGUCAGGAGCAUGUGUGUUUAUUUUUUUAUUUAUUUAAAUAUCAUCAAUUCUGUGAUGUGUUUACACUUUAAGUUAAAGUAGAUAUACUUUGAAUGUUGUUUAAAAUAUUUGUCAUGUGGGUCAUUAGUUCUAUAUUUAAAUUGUUUUUUUUCUAAUGUUGGUCUUGAACAGGAAAACAAAACAUUAGAUGGAAUCAUUAGUCACCUAAUGUUUAAAGGAAAAAGUGUAACAAUGUUUUCUGGCCAAAACCUUAAAUAAAACCUGCAUAUUUUAUUAGAAAUGCUGUAUGUUUUUGCAGUUAAUUAUGCCCCGUUCUCCAAGAAUUAUUUAUUACAGUAAUCAUUGUUUAGGAAAACCUCGGUUAGUGAGAAACGGUGGGGUCAUUGGUAGCUCGUAGUGUUGCGGUCACCAGGUUUUUACACGGUGAAAAACUAUGGAUUUCCUUAUGAGGAAAAAACGAAGCGAUUUAGAUAAAUUGAAAUAUUUUAUUGUAUUUCGAUUAAAUUUAUGAUUUUAAACGAAAAGAAAUACCUACAGUCAAUAAAAUAGAUAAGCGAUAUUUCCUUGGUUUUUCCUUUUUCUGAUACCUCGUUCUCUGAUUUGUCAAAUAUGGGUACAGUCUACAUUAAAUAAAUAAAAUGUAAUUGCAGUCAAGGGCAAAGAUAUGAAUGCGACUAAUCUCCUAACCGGUGUAUUAGCUAUGUGCAGUGCGUAUUGCGGGAAUUAAAAGCGAAGAUCGCGAUAGACGUGGCCUAAAUUAAUUUGUUUUGUGUUGGCUCACCAUCUGACAUCUGUUAAUUGUCAAGUAAUUGGGUCGUAAAGUAAUAAAAAGUAGUGGAAGCUGUUGUACCUUGGACCAGUUUUACCUCGGGCAGUUGGCAAUAUUUUCACAUUGCCACGGUUAUUGAAAUAUUUCAUUUGUAUUAUCUGAAACUUUAUUCUUAAUUAUCAAAAUCGAGCUAUCAACGAAACUUGAGAGCGGCCGGUAUUUCAAGAAAAAAAUAAUGUUUUAGGCCAAAAUAAAAUAUGACCAUUGCUAAGCUAAGUAUAUUUUUCCCAGAUAAUUUGUAUUAGAAAAAUGUAUUGAAUGGCGUUAAUGUUCUAAAAAUAUCUGUGACUUCAUAAUUAAUAUUAUUUCUAUGACCGAGGUACAACGGGAUAUGUCCAAGAUACAUCAGAGGUGUUGUUCCUUAGACACUUUUCCCUUUUUUUUGUCAACCUAUCCCCAUCAAAAUAAAUGACCCAAUCCCUUAAUUUUAUAUCGUAUUUGUUACUUAAUAAUGUAUCUUAUAAUAUUCGGGUAAACAACAAUUUUUAAUCAGAAAAAAAAAAACUGUCAGAGCUAUAACAGCUUCCCCUACAUAUUUUUGAAAAAACAUGGUGGCAUAGAUAUAAUUAUUUGCACUUUUUAUACCCCGACGGUGGUAAACAAUCGUACGGCCCGUCUAAUGGUAAAAAAAUACGGCGGAAGCUGUUGCGCCUCUGCUAUGUAUUUCAACACUGACUGGGGACUGUUCUAUUCUAUUUCUUAUUCUCUAUAUCUAUCUACUACCUACGUCACAUUCCUGAACGGCACCUAUUUGAUUUAUGUUUGUGUAUAAUUUAAUAUUUGAACACAAAUUGAAAUUGUUCUAUAACUAUAUGAUACCUUAGUAGUAUUAGUAUUGUUACACAAAUUAUAAUUAAUAAUUAUUAGUUGUAAUUUUGAUUGUUAUAGUAGGUAAAUUGUUAUUUUUUUAUCGCCUAAACUAAGUUGUCGGUGCCUUAAUACAUUAGUGCUUAUUCGCUAGCGGCAUCUUAGAUUGUAUUUUUAUAUAAAACCAAUAGGGCUGAAUGACUACAUGUUACUUUUUAAGCAAAACGGAAUCUUCCAUUUUUUCGCUCAAGAGGUUAAAGAGGUGGUGUACCGUUUAUCUCGACGAAACAUACCUAGACUUACGCAUACAUUUUUUUGUAACUUUACAUCAUAAUAAAGAGUUCCAUCUUGAAUCCGCCUCUCAUGUUUUGUUAAAAUAAAAUGAAGCUCGAACUCGAAAAUUUCUGAGUGUUGUAACAAUUGAUUAGGUAAAUAAACUUGCCUUUGUGUAUAAUCUGAACAUUUUUAGUACGUUGAAUUUAUAAGGCAUUGAUUAGUAUAGAUUUUACCUAGUUAGGUUUAAUUAAAAUCAUCACAAAUAACUUGAAUAAAUGGGCGGCACACAAUCAUAGGGUAAACUACCAAAUGAUUGGCCCUAAGAAGUACCUAUUUUUUAGGGAAUUCACCACUAUUGCGUAUAAGAUUGAAAGGGACCAACAUCCGUAUAGUUUACCCUAUUCGAGUUAGGUAUAGCUUUACGUAUAAAUUUGUCUAUUAUAUUUACGCAUUGAUUUGACGUCAUUGCAUCGAUGCGUAACCGCACCGCACAAUACAUUUUUAUGCCUAUUAUGUACCUGAUAAGGUUUAAUGUUCGAUUGCACUUGCAAUUCAAAUAUGUACCUACAAUGAACAAGAUUAUGAAUGUCAAGAGUUCGAGAUUCCGAUAAUAAACUGAAUUGUUCGAAGCA